UGGGGAUUUUAAGAUCGAGGCAUGGAUGUUUUGAUUUCUUACUUGUAGCAGACAGAAAAAAAAAUUCAAAAUACACAUCUGAAUGAAAUAUAUGAUAGAGAUUAAUUAUAGAUCAUCAAAUAAUCAUAAAUCUAACAACUAAUGAUAUAACAAAUUACUCGAUUGUAACUUAUAAUGGCUGAUAAUACUGAAAAAUAUCCAUUAUCGAUACAGAAGCUAUUUGCUACUAAACCUCCAUUAUUAUAUAUUCCACUUGAAGAUUAUUCACCAGAGAAACGAAGCACGCAUACCAUCACAUCAGUCUCAUCAUGGAAAUCAACUAUUGAUAAAUAUUUAAACGAAGAAUUACCCCAGAUUGAAACUAAUAGUAAUCUCAAACAACAGCAUCUUGAAUCAACUCAAAAAUCAACCAAUAAAGCCAAUAAUAAACUAAGUAAAGAGAAAGCUGUCAAAAAGCGGAAAUUGUUACAAGAUAGUUUCCAUCGUCAAUUACGAGAAUGGGAAGAUCCUUCAUUAUCCCUUAAUAAUCAACAACAUAUGAUGAAAGAUCCAUAUUGUACUAUAUUCAUAUCAAGAAUCGAUUAUAAGUUAACAGAAGAAGAUUUGAAAAGUUCAUUUAAUAAAUAUGGACCUGUUGAAUCAAUCAAAAUUGUCAGAGAUAUCAAAAGUAAAAAAUCAAGAGGCUAUGGAUUUGUGGUAUAUGAACGAGAUAGUGAUGCUUUGAAAUGUAUUGAAGACUUAUCUAAAUCAGGAUUAAAAUUAGACUCGGCCAAUAGACCUAUUUUAGUCGAUAUUGAAAGAGGAAGAUUGGUAAGGUUCUGGAAACCAACCAGAUUAGGUGGUGGUUUAGGAGGUAGAAAUUAUACUAAACCUACUACCGCUAAUAGAUUAUAUCCCAAUGCUUCAGCUGCUGCUAGUGGUAGAAGACUUCAUAUUCAAAAUAAUGAUUCUAAUUAUAGACCUAGCAAUGGUGGUGGUUCAAGUUAUACUUCGAGUCACUCUACCUCUGGGAAUUAUCCUCCACCUCGUACUUCUGAUAUUCCUGCUUCAAUUUCACAUUCAAACUCUUAUGUUCCAAGAAAUUCAACCACUACAUCGAAUUCAUAUGUUCCAAAUGCUGUAAAUACUCCUCAUGCAUAUGCACCAACUCCAGCAUCAUCCAAAUAUGGAUCUACAUCUGCGGCAACUUCUGGUUCUAGCUACACACCCAUCAGUAGAUCUAAUUUCAAUGCCCCUUCUUCUGUGUCUCAUAGAGCUCCACCUACAACCAGUUCUACUGCUACUAGUGCCGCAUCUAAAUAUGGUAAUUAUGUCAGUUUACCAAAGAAGAGUGAACCACCAGCUGAAGAACAGAAAACUGUCAAGGAUAAGUAUGCCAAAUACGCCAAAUAUGCAUCUGCUUCUUCAUCAACAACAACAACUAGAGGUUCAGAUUCCUCGGCUGCUAAGUCUUCUGAUACUAGAUCUAUUAGAAGUAUAAGAUGAUAAUGAAAUUCUAAUAACCUAUACUGUAUUAUAUACUAAAUAAAGAAGAAGGUUGGCUUACCUAUCAUUUAGCUAUUCAUAAUAUAAAACCCCUUUGCAUCACCAUUCAAUUGAUUAAUAUUGUAGUAUUUACUGUAACUGUGCAAUACAAAUA